CGGGGCUGGUUGUAACAGGGGCAGGUUGUAACAGGGCGAAUAGUUCCACGACCAGCCACAAGAGCGUAUCAUCGUUUCAGCCAUCAAGGCACAUUAUGAUGCCUUCAGUGCGAGUGGUAACACUGUGGCAGUCGGACGAUUUCACUGGCGACAAGAAGGAAAAAUUUGUUUUUGGACGAGAUGCGUAACUACAAAAGAAAAACCGACAAAGGAAAAUAUUCUAUUGACAUGUUGGAGAAAGCAGCUGAAGUUGUAAGAGAAGGAAGAUCUGUUAGGCAUGCUGCGAAAACGUACAACAUCUGCCAUGUGACACUUGGGAGGUACAUAAAAAAGAAAAACAAACGUUUAAAUGCAGUCGAUAUUAAUUUUCGAGAGGAGUGGAAACCUUUGGCUGGUUAUUAUGGGAACAGACAGGUAUUUACACCUUUGCAAGAGAUCGCUCUUGUUUCCUACAUAAAAACAUGUUCUGACAUAUAUUUUGGACUCACUCCACGUGAUGUACGUCAUCUUGCAUUCUUAUGUGGGAAGAAGUAUAAUGUUCCCAUGCCAAACACAUGGAGUGACAAAGAACUAGCAGGUGCAGAUUGGCUCUCUUCCUUUUUAAAGCGCCACCCAGACCUUUCCAUUCGGACUCCAGAGGCAACUAGUUUGGGAAGGGCUUCUAGUUUUAAUCGUGCCAACGUUUCCAAAUUUUUUGACAAACUCUCUGAAGUUUAUGAUCGCCAUUCUUUCACAGCUAAUGACAUUUGGAAUGUAGAUGAGACCGGGGUCACUACUGUCCAGAAUCCUUCAAAAAUCGUAGCAAGAAAGGGGGUAAAACAAAUUGGAGCAAUGACAUCAUCUGAACGAGGGCAGUUAGUUACUCUAACUGUAGCAGUAAAUGCUGCUGGAAAUGCUAUCCCUCCUAUGUUUAUUUUUCCUAGGGUAAGGUAUUAUGAUCACUUCAUCAGAGAUGGUCCAACUGGAUGUAUAGGUGCUGCAAAUAAGUCUGGCUGGACUACGGAGGUAGAGUUCUUGCUUUUUCUUAAGCAUUUUGUUUCUUGUAUUCGUUCGAGCCCAGAGAAACCUAUCCUCCUCCUUCUAGACAAUCAUCAGUCGCAUUUAGCUCCUGACUGUUUAGAUUUUGCCAAAGAAAAUGGCAUUGUAAUGCUAUCGUUCCCACCUCACUGCACUCAUCGCCUUCAGCCACUUGAUCGAAGUGUUUUUGCCCCACUCAAAAAACAGAUCAAUAGGGCAAUGGAUGCAUGGUUGAGGAACAACAAAACACCAGAGAGCACAGUUAAGCCUAUAGAUUCAUUGAACGCGCCCAAGGGCCUGUGCGGUCGCCGCUGGGAUCCCCCGGUCGCCUCGAGCACGACGAGAAGACCGCGCGGGCGACGGCCGACAGCCGCAGACACUCGGGAGAGCUCGUUGCGACACGUCGUGACCGCCCGCCGCGGCGAGCAGUUCUCCGCCGGUUCAGUUCGUGAAGCGGAGCCCCCCGGGGUUGUAACCACGGACACGGGCGGGGCGGGGCGGGGCGGGGCAGGGCGGCGGACUGUCGGCGGGUCGACGCGGGUGCAGACGUGA